UCAGUCGUCUUUCAGACUGCAUUUAGAAAUGUGGAACAAUUCUUUCGAGAUAAAUUGUGCUGUGGUUAUGAUAAUUGGUAGUUAAUUCACACACAUUGUAACACAAUUUUUGUUCAACUGCUACAUCAAGUACUAAAGGAGAUUUGAAGAAAAAAAUAAAAAAAACAUAAAAAUCGAUAGUACAGGAGAAGCAAGACAAAUUUAAGCAAAUGGACAAAGGAGCUCAGACAAGAAAGAAAAGUCGGGAGGAAUCAGAAGAUAGCACUUUCGAUAUAGAAAAAACGAGACAGAUGAGCACAGAAAGCAAUGAUUUCACAAACAAUGGUCAACAAAAUAUCGGCGAUUCUCAAAGCAGUUUAAAAAACAGUGAAAAAGAUUCAAAUUCAAUAACAUCUAGAAUGGAAUAUUUCAUGCAUAAGUAUCAAGUUUUUGAUUCCAAAAAGUUAAGGAAAGAAGCUAGAAAAAUGGCUAUUCGGAUAAUGAGACAAAUUGGGUAUGCAGUAAUGGUUGUGGAACCAGAAAGGUUUGCGACGAAAUAUGCUUCUUCAGCACCUUAUCAUUUAUUUUUCACUAGAGUCGAAAAUUCCGAAGAGACUUAUAAUCAACAAUUCUCCAUAACUUUCUCUGAGAUUCUCGACCGUAGUCUUGGAGAAAUUGUUAACAGUCUUCAUUUAACUUUUACCGUAGAUGUCGGGUGGUUAUAUUUGCAGUAUCUGUUGGCUGGUCAACGUACCGACAUGACAAUUCUGUACAAAUAUAGAGUAUGUCCGUGUCAUGAAGAAUUAAGUAAAAACAUUACUAUAAUACAUGUAGAUGGGCAACACGAGUUCUCGAGUCAUCAUGCGAACAUCAUGAUCCUGCAAUAUAGUAAUGGGAUUAGAGUAGUUGUUUCUACUGCUGCCUUAUAUUCUGACGAUUGGAAAAACAGGACACAAGGAUUGUGGAUUUCGCCUCAUCUGCCUUAUCUGCCAGAAUCCGCAAAGCCUAGUGAUGGGGAAUCUCCAACGGGUUUUAAAAAGGAUCUCGAGCGAUAUCUGAGUAAAUAUGAGCAACCGGCUUUAACGCAGUGGAUACGUGCAGUGCAGAUGGCGGAUUUUUCUGACGUAAAUGUGUUUCUCGUCGCUUCUGUUCCUGGAAUUCACAAAGGUUACGAAGACGACUUUUGGGGAUACAGGAAAUUGGCACAUGUUCUAUCGUGUUAUGUCACGCUGCCGCGAAAUGAACAGUGGCCUAUAGUCGCACAAAGUUCUGGUGUAGGCUGCUUUGGUUUGUUCGAAAAUUGGUUGGAAGACAUAAUUUGGUGUAUGUCGAAGGAAACUUCUAAAGAUUCAAAUAAUUAUCCACAUUUUCAGUUUAUUUAUCCAUCAAUAGCGAAUUAUAAGCAGAGCUUUGAUUUUCGAGUUUUAAGUACCCCCUUGUCGUACAAUACAGAAAAUCAUUUUAAACAACAGUGGCUAGAAUCAUAUUUAUAUCAAUGGAAAGCUAAGCGAACAGGACGAGAUCGUGCGAUGCCUAAUAUUAAAUCCUACACAAGGAUUUCUCCUGAUUUGAAAAAAAUUCCCUGGUUUUUGCUUACCAGCGCAAAUCUGAGUAAAGCCGCAUGGGGAUCAAACAAACAAUACGAUUAUAGUAUAGGGAACUACGAGGCCGGCGUCCUAUUCAUACCAAAAUUUAUCACUGGGACAACAACAUUUCCUAUUGGAGGAGAAGAAGAUACAGGCGUUCCAAUGUUUCCGAUCCCAUAUGAUCUUCCAUUAAGCCAAUAUGAAUUUGACGAUAGUCCUUUCGUCGACGAAUUUGUUAACUUUCUAAGAUUUAGGCGUGCAGGCAGGAAAUGAAAAAUGUUCUAGUGCAAGAUAAAAAUGUCCCACAUUGUUUACAUGAAAGCAUUAGAUUUAUAUAAUAAAAAUGAAAGUAUUAAUGCAAUUUGCACUAUUCACUAUUAAGAAUAUUCUUAAUUAAAGAUAAUGAUGAUAUAAAAUGUUUUUGUAUGUAAGCUUACUAUAGCUUAUAUGUAAAUAAAAAUAAUUUCUUGGUUUGUAACUAAGCAGAUUGUGGAAAUACAAUUAAAUAUGUACAG